UGAAGUCGGGGGUGAAAGGUUAAGUCUUGUUUUGUUUGUUCCACCACGUGGUUUCGUUUACGUUUUGACAGCGUGAAAACUUGCACAGCUAAAGUAACCAUGCCAUGUUUUAAUUGCCUGGAUCACUAAAAUGAAAGAGAAGGUGAUGAAGGCAUCAACCCUGACUAAAAUUGCUGAGGACCCUGUUGAGAAUGAAGCCAGUAAGAAAUCUAUUAGAUGGGCGCCUCAGGUAGGGAAUAGAGGUGCAGAGAAACGGAAACGGGCACCUGGUAUCUUCCUAGACAAACGAAGGCCACCUUCACAAGGGGGUACUCUUAGUAAGGGAAAACAACUCUCGGCUUCUAAGAAGUCUACUAGCGAGAAUGCCAAAAAGAAAUUCAAAGUACAAAAAGAAUACAAAAACGUCCACAGCACUAAACCUCCAAGAAACACAGUUCAGAAGGAAGGAACAAGUAACACCGAAGCCAAAAGGAAUGUUGCAGAGAUGAAGUCACAGGACCAGAAGAUGACCAGUCAGUCACCAGUACAGAAGGAGGUAAAGGAAGACAGCUUUAGUCCUACUAGUAAUAGUGUUUUCAAGAGGACCUCUGUGUCACAAAACAAGUUGCUUGAUAAGGAUGGGAAGACUGCUGGGUUGACAAAAUGGAAGGACAUAAGCAAACUGCCAGAGAUUUCCCCUUUUCAGAAAAGGAGAUCACUUGGGGAUAUGCGCCCUCCUAGUCCAGAAGAAGAUGUGCUGGCGCUGCCAUUUGGAGGAGCCUUGAAGAUUUCAGACAGUAGUUUGUUAACUGUUAACAAAGCUACCAAUGUCAUCUACACAAUUAAUCAGGCAAGAAAGAAGCGCCUAAAGGAGUCCAUCAAUGCACAGAUAGCUGCUGUCCAUGAUAGAGUCAGACGGGCCCUGGAAUACGCUGACAUCUAUGAGGAGGACACAGACACCAAGGACCAAGAGCCGGAGGGCAUGUUCAACACACGCACCAAGAGGGAAACUAUGAAACAUCGCAGUGAGUUGAUCUACAAGCUGCGAGAACAUAUUGAGGAGUGUCACCAGCGCAUGGUGCUUAUCUCUGAUGUCAACAACUGGAUCCAGAUACAACAGAAGGAACUGGACAGUGAGCUGAUCAGUGAGGAGGAGAUGGAUGAGACCUCAGUGGAGUUGAACACCAUGCACAAGAAGAUUAUAUAUUCCCUGGAGUCUUUCACCAACUGCACCAACAGGAUCAUCUCCAUUGGACAGAAACUUAUCGACAUUGUAAGAAAGGUCCUCCAUGUACCAUCUAAAGGGAAAGUGGAGAAGAUCCAUGUGAUUGAUGAGAAGACUAUGCUGUCCAACAAGGUGAAGUGGGACCAGGCCGUGGCCAGCAUCAUGGCCCUCUUUGAUGAUGCUGCACGCUGGGUAAAGGGCGUCCCAUUCAAAGCUGCUCUUCGUAAUGGAAAGAAGCAGUACCAAGUCCUCAUCUCUGCUGUUGACAAGCGUCUGGCUGAGCUCAACCAGAUGUCACGACUCACGGAGGACCUACAGAAUGAACUUCUGAUGUCAAAGGAAAUGAUUGCUAAGUACUCAAAGGAUUCAGAUGACUACAGGCGCAUGGUGGACAGACUAUCCAGUGAGCUGCAGGAGGUCAAGGCACAGUUGACAAGCUCACUGGAGGCAAACAAGAACCUGACCAGUCAGCUGUCCGUGUUGGAGGGUCAAGUGAAGGAGAUGAAGGAGGAGCUGGCCAAGCCCACGCCUCUGCCGCCUGGCAUACCAACACCCCCUCUACCAUCACCCCCACAACCACCACAGCCUUCAGAUGGCUCCAUCGAGCUGAGAGAGAAGACGAGAAAACAGCUGCAGAGGUUGGAGCAGGAGUUACAGGAGUACAGGAUGCUGGUCAACAACCUGAGCAGUCGCAUUGAUGAACUGGAACAGCAGCUGUCUAAGGAACAGGAAUUUGUCAAGUUCCUGAAAGAGAGCAUGGAAAUCCACACUCAGCCUGCUGCCUUAGCACCAAGAGGCCCGGAGCCAGGGGUGGAGAUGCCCCCAGAGCGAGCCCCACCUCAAGACAUUACUGGAGACCCCUCCUCCAACUACUACAAGACACUGAUGUUAGGGAUGAAGAGAGACUUUACGUUGGAGGUGGACAAACUCAAGGAGCAUCUGAAGAAGGAGCAGAGCAGAAAUCAUGCCUCAGUGCGUCGUUUGGAGCAGAUCCACAAGGACCAGAUACAGACCAUUAUGAAGGACUGCAUGCGUGUCCUGCGUGGCAUCAUACAUUUCCGCGACCAGGUGGCCAAUACACUGAACAAGGAAGGAUUUGGGGACGCCGCACAACAACUUCAUCAGCUGCCCAAACUGAUUCAUGACAAUGUGAAUCAGGACCCUAAGGAAGUCCUCUUGUACUUGGCUGCCAACACUAUUGACUACCUGCACAGUAUAGAGGUUGUGCUGAACCACACCAUGUUGGCGAUCAAGGUGAAGCAGAAGGCAGGAACUGUUGGUAGCCAUCCACCCAUAGACCAAAAUCAAGUCUUCAGGCAAAUGGAGGUGCGUAUGGAAGAAAUCCGUAAAACCUCCAAGAUCCGUGAUGUGAUGAAGUCGCCAGUGAAGCAUGCAAAUGCUCGAGGUCGAAGGAAGGACAGGCAGCAAAUAAGGAGACUGCAGGGGAGGGUUUCUCAAUUUGAGAACAAGUACAUGUGCCUGCUGGAUCGCUACAAGCUAGUGUGGAAUAUGUACAACAAACAACAGAGAGACAUGGAUAAUAUCCAAGCUGACUUUGACCAGACUGUCAAGAAGAAGGUCAAGGAGAAGGAAAACUCAGUGGUUACAGCAAUCAAAACAGAAUUCAAAGAGAGACGAGCAGAUCAAGAGCAGCAGCUCCAGAUGAGCAUCUCAGACCAGAGGAGGAACCUGAAUCUCCUCCACACGGCCUUUGAGGAGAACAGGAUCUCACAUGAGCUACAUUCGAUGGCUUCAAGUUUGCUGCACCAGGCACUGGAAAUUCCCCGGAAGCGGUUCCGUUACCUCAUUGAGCGAUACAUUGCACACUGUGCUCUGAAGGAGGCUGAGAGUAACGUGACAACAGUUUUUGAGGAAGAGAAGCUUAGUGAUGACCAACGGUUAGAGAUCAAAGGACACAUGGAGGACAUGCAACAUCGGCUGCACACUGGGCUGUCCCUGCACCAUCCUCUGAUGCAGAAACUGGAGGCUGAGAGGAGGCUAAUCUUCAAGCAGAUUCUGCAAGUGUUCAACGAGGUCCUGAUAGAGACGGGGGUUCUUCUCAUCCAACCAAUUUUCAAGGACAACUCGCAAGAAGUCACCAAACGAUUACGUUCAGUAACUAAACGAAAACGCAUGAAGACGAUUAAAGCAGCACCACGCAGGAUGCAAGUGUUGGAUUUUUCUUCUGGUAUUGUGGGUAGCACCAUUCCCCUCACCUUCAAGGAUGACCAGCCCAUGUGGCAGACAGGACCUUCAGAACUAGUUCAACAGCCAGUCGUGACCACGCCCAAUUUCCUCAAUCUGGAAGUCAACCAACAUCGACUACUGGCCAAAAGAACUCUCCAGUGUACUGAGCGCCGUCACUACCCCAUCGCACAGAGUCGGAGCUUCACCAUCACCAACGAGAUCAAGGUGGACUACAUCACCACGGCAUUACUAUGCCCCUAGAAGAACUAGUGUGCAGGACCAGCAGCAGAUGUCCUUGUGUUCAAGCCGACCAACUUGAUGCAUCUAAACAUCUAUAUAGUAUUUUGUUAGAUUUACACAGGCACGUUUGUACGAUAUGUUUUUCUGGAUUUCUUGUAUGAAUUUUGGAAAGGACUUUGUGAUAUAUUGUUACACUUUUGUUUUGGUUAUAAACUAAAACCUUUGAUAUAUUUAUUUAUACAGUUGUUAUUCUCAUUUUUGAGACCAUGUAAAAUUGCAAUACCAUGCACUGUCUGUUCAGUGGUUUUAGUAGGCAACAUACAUCGAGACAUAGGUUAUUUGCAUUAAUGUAUUUUGGACUUUAGAUAUUAUGCAGAUUAUGCUAAUUGUAAACAGUGUUGAUCAAAUAUCACUGGUGGGUGGUGAAAUACACUUUCUAGAUCCAGCUGCUUCUAUUGAAUGAUCGAGUUCACUAAAUAUGCAUAAACUGGUUUACAUCAGACAAUCAACAUGUAAGACAGGGUUUGUUUGAUUGGACCUCAUCAUCCCACAUGAAGGGAGCAGGUAGUUUCUAAUCCUGUGUGGAGAUAGUGUGCUGACAUGUGUUAGGGAACAUGGGAUCCGACAACUGAACAUGAACUUAUAGAUAAGUCAAUGUCAAUAACUGCUGUGUCAUCCACCAUCUAUCUAGGAGACAUUCGCGCUCUUCACUUUCUUUGGGCCUCAGCCUCAGUUUUUCUACCUGUAUUUGUAUCAGGGUAGUAUUUAAUCUGGUGAGUGAUAUUUUCAGUAUUACCAACUUGGUUGUAAGGUUGUAAGCAUGUUGCUAGUCUUAAGGAUGUGACUAUUUUGACAAUGUUAACACAGUUAAAAUACUUAAUUCUUAGUAUGUUAAUAUAUUGUUUCUAUUUGUUACAUCUAAUAAAAAGUAGGGUUUUUUUA